CCAAGAUCCUGGAGCGGCUGAUCUACGAGAAGGCCCCCCUCUCCGUCCUGGAGCUGGGCACCUACUGCGGCUACGCCACCGUCCUCAUCGCUCAGUCUCUCCCGCUGGGCGCUCGGCUCUACACGGUGGAGAUGGACGCGCGCAAAGCGACGGUGGCCGAGAAGGUGAUCCGCCUGGCCGGCUUCGAUGAUGACACGGUGGAACUCAUAGUAGGGCCCUCGGAAGAAGUCAUCCCCCAGCUGAAAGAGAAGCACGGGCUGCUGCAGGCGGACUUGGUCUUCAUGGACCACUGGAAGCGCUGCUACCUGCGGGACCUGCAGCUGCUGGAGGCCCACGACCUCCUGCCCGAGGGGGCCACGAUCCUGGCCGACAACGUCAUCUUCCCCGGGGCUCCCCAGUUCCUCCAGUACGUCAAGGCCUGCGGCAAGUACCAGUGGAAGCUGCACCGGACCAGCCUGCAGUACUUCCGGGCCAUCCGCGACGGCAUGGCCCAGCUCACCUACACGGGCCUCAAACGAUGA